AUGUCCCCCAACAACAACCCAGUCGUCCUCUCAGAUUUUGUAAACAGCGUGCCGUCGCCGCUGACAUUUGCCCUCGUCAGUUUAUCGGACAAAAUUGCCCUGUUGAAGACAGUUCUCCAAGUCUUGAACUGGCGCUCAAACUCAUGGUUUGAUGGCUUCCUCGUUGUCGCUGCUUGGUGGGCGUUCUGCUGCUUCGCGGGCUCAGUCUUGAGGUAUUUUCUACCGGUACUGGUGGUCGGCCUUGUCGCGUACACCCGUAAACGCGGGGCACAACCGACGUCGAAACAGCCAGUUGUCACUGAAACCCUACUCCAGAACACGAUUUCGGACUUGACCACACUGCCCAUCCUCCUUCCGGAUAUAUCUUCACCGGCUCUACUCGUCUCAUCACUAUCCCUGUCCACACUGGCACGCGCAGCAGCGGUACUGUACAUCCCGUACCUCGCUCUGACGUACUAUGUCCCACUGUACCUCAUCUUCGCCAUUGCGGGUACCGUUGUCUUGACAUGGCGUGCGCCCUUCGCUAUGGUUCUUAGGAAGAUCGUAUGGAGGAGUGCGUAUGUCCGAUGGACUGUAUGGACAGCUUGGUCCUAUGUUUCCGGCGUGCCCCUUCCGCCUAAAGCCAUCUCACCUCAAACGCAACGGCUUGCUUCGACUACCGUUCAACCCGACGGAGAUUCCUCGAAAGGAGAAGAAGGCAAGACACCAAAUACGACCACAACCUCGCUAAGGUUCCUGUUCACCGUUUACGAGAACCAGAGGUGGUGGAUGGGCCUGGACUGGACAGCAGCCUUGCUACCUGGCGAGAGGCCCUCGUGGUGCUCAGCUUCGCAAGCACCUUUAUCGCCUCCUGGUGCAUUCACUCUUCCGGAACCCACCACGACGUAUAUCCCCCACCCGAGCGAUAGCACCAAGAAAAUCAAGCGAACGGCGGAGUGGUAUUGGGAAGAGCCAGAGUGGAGAGUGUUGGUGAAGAAGGAAGGGACGGCUUUGAGUAGGGUUGAGAGGCCUGUUCCGACUGAAGAUCCCCAGGGCGAGGACGGAGCGGGAGGCGGAGGUAAUAAUACCAGCAGCCGACUUUUGAAGGCUGCGUCCAACCGAUUUGCCAGCGGGAGCUCGAGUGCCGGUUCAAUCCACAGGAGGGAUUCGUCUGCUAGUCAGGCGAGCGGUGCAAGCGGAGGAGGGAGCCAAGAUGUUGUAGAAGGUGCAGAGGAAGAUACGGAUAGCUAUACGGAUCCGGACGGGUGGGUGUACGGUGAUAACAAGUGGGAGAACAAGAGCAAUAAGGGCGGGAUGAGCAAAUACACUCGUUACCGACGCUGGACACGGGUUGCGGUCUUGACCGAGUUCACCCAGGUGGUUGAUGCAGCACCGGAGAAUACACCUGAUAGACGCGCCAAACCGGUCAACAAGCCUCCUCCCAUAUCCUUGGACGGCGCCGCUACCGGUGCACUGAACUCUGUCGUUGCGGAACAACCUCAGGCCCCGGUGACUUCCACUUCAUCCGAGCAACCCAAAACGCCUGUAAAGGUUUCCACACCCUCGACACCGAGUCGUGUCCCCACAGACAACCCACUGUCUCCUGGCGCGUCAGAGAGCCCGUUGAGGCAGAGAUUGCGGAUGGCGCUGAACAAGGGAUCGGCUGGACUUUCUUGA